AUGAUUCCCCAAUUCAGAUCAAUUCUUCCAUAUUCCAAAGGUGGCUACCUUCCAUCAUGGCUACUCUUCAUCAGUGUAGUUUCCAUUUUCAACUCAUUGCAAACUUAUCAGACCCCGGAUCUCACAUUGACCAGAAGAGUAUAUGAAAAUGCACCCCGGAAUCAAGUUACAAAUUUAAGCGCAAGAACCUUCGGAACAUGGACACUUAUUACCUCAAUUGUUAGAUUCUAUGCAGCAUAUCACCUAGUUGGGAAUAAACCGGUUUACGACAUGUGCAUGUGGACAUUUGCGGUGGCCGGAUUUCAUUUUGUUAGCGAAUGGCUCGUGUUUCGUACGUGCAAGCUCGGCAAGGGCCUCGCCGGGCCAUUGGUGGUGAGCUCUGUGAGUUUGGUGUGGAUGUGGAUGCAGAAGGAGUGGUAUGUGUAA